AUGGCUAUUCUAUACUGGACCGUCGGAUUCCUUUAUCUCAUCAUGGAUCUCACAAAAAAACCAAAUUUCCUACAAAAAUACAAGAUGAAUCGAAACGAAGUUCCCAUUACUUGGCCAUUGUUGAAAGAAAUUAUAGUCACAGUAGUUUUUAAUCAAAUUUUCGUUAGUAUCACAGUUUCUACAAUCCUGUAUCCAAUUCUGCCGCUUCGUGGAUUACCUCCAAUUCGAAAAAUGCCAACAAUUCCUGAAUUUCUUUUCCAAAUCUAUGGAUGUUGGUUUUUGAGAGAAUUCGUAUUUUUUUACAUGCAUCGCUUAAUUCAUCAUAGAUCGUUAUACGAACACGUGCACAAAAAACAUCACAGAUGGACAGCUCCAAUUGCAUUAUCAGCUGUAUACUGUACGCCAGCGGAACACGUGAUAUGUAACUAUAUACCGAUUGUAGUAGGCCCAGUAGUUUUUGCUCCUCAUUACAUUUCAACGUUUUAUCUGUUUCAGAACGAAUUACGGAUUAAUUGGGAUUAUGGAUUGGUGGUAUGGUACAAAUGA